AUGAAGGUCAUCACUAAGCUGGAGAAGGAGAAGUUUGACCUGAUGCGCCAGGUGAAGGCUCUGCAAGAAAGGGAUCUGAAGUCAGAGUACCAUAAAAUGAUGGAGAAUCUGACAAACUAUGAGAAGUUACUGAAGGUCUCCCUGUCUGAGGCUGAGGAAAAACACCAGAAGGCUGUGGAGACUAUCAAUCAGCUGGAGGAGAAGGAGUCUAACCUGACAGAUCAGGUGAAGACACUGCAAGACACACUGGAGGACAUGGAGAACCAGCUCUGUGAGACUCGCUUGCAGUGUGAGCGAGAGCACGAGGCUCACAGGCUCCUGAAGUCAGAGCACCAGAAGAUGGUGGAAACUCUGGCAAACAAUGAAAAGUUACUGAAGGUGUCAUUGGCUGAAGCUGAGCAGAAACAGCAAAAGGCUGUGGAGACCAUCACUCAGCUGGAGGAGGAGAGGUCUGACCUGACAGUCCAGGUGAACACACUGCAAGACACACUGGUCGACAUGGAGAAUCAGCUCUGUGAGACUCGCUUGCAGUGUGAGCAAGAGCAGGAGGCUCACAGGCUUCUGAAGUCAGAGCACCAGGAGAUGAUGGAGACUCUGACAAUCAGUGAAGAGUCACUGAAGGUCUCCCUGGCUGAAGCCAAGGAAAAACACCAGAAGGCUGUGGAGACCAUCACUCAGUUGGAAGAGGAGAAAUCUAACCUGACAGACCAGGUGACCACACUGCGAGAUACAGUGGAGGACAUUGGGACGCAGCUCUGUAAUACUCACUUGCAGUAUGAUGAGCUAAAGAAUGAGUGGGAGGAAGAGCAGGAGGCUCACAAGCUUCUGAAGUCCCAGUACCAGGAGAGUAUGGAGACUCUAAGAAACAAUGAAAAGUUACUGAAGGCCUCCCUGUCUGAGGCUGAGGAGAAACACAAGAAGGCAGUGGAGAUCAUCAAUCAGCUGGAAGAAGAGAAGUGUGACCUGACAGACCAGGUGAAAACACUAGAAGAAACAGUGGAGGACAUGGGGAACCAGCUUUUUGAUACUUUCCGGCAGCGUGAUCAGCUAAAGAAUGACUAUGAGGAAGAGCAGGAGGCUCACAGUCAUCUGAAGUCCCAGUACAAUGAGAUGAUGACCAACAGUGGAACGUUACCACAGUACAUUUCAGGGCAGGGGUCUCCACCCUUUUUACCUCUGAACCCCUCUAUGUUCCCUGACACAUACCCUGAUGGCUUCAGCCAGACUGAAAAAGACUCUUUUUGUAAAAAGUGA